UCUCGAAUAAGCUCGUAUGUGGUGAGCUGAUUUCGCGAAUUUGGCCGUUAGUUGGGUUUUCGUGCUUGCAAGCGUCGCGUCGGUAUUUUAAGAGACAUCAUCAAUGAAGUUAAUAUUUUUUUUAAUUUUUGUAUUUGUAGUGCUCUACGGUGAAAUUGCAGCCGCCGAUGUGAACCGAACUAGACUUUCGAAAUGGCGGCGGUAUCGUUCAAGCACCACCGAAGGCCCAGAAGAAAGCCUGACAACGGAUUUAGGCAGUGCGUCGACAUUAACUGGAUUCGGGUUUGAUAAUCCAAAGUCUGACCGUGAGCGGAAAAUCGAGGAGUUACUCAGCCCGAGGACGAAAUGUGGAUUGUUAAAAUUGAAUACAACUGUCCCUUGGAUUGUUGUGAUUGAACACCACGACCCGUUGCGAAGGGACAAGCGGAAAACUCUGAGCAAGGGUGUUUUGAUUGGUGAUCAACAUGUCCUUACAACCGUUUCGAGUAUACACAAUUCACAUCCAUUUUGGAUUACGAACAGCGUUCGUUUGGGAGAUCCAGCAACGUGGAUAACCGAAAAAUCACAGAGGGGCGACUCAAACUAUACCCGUGUUGGAAUUGAACAGGUUUAUCAGCAUUCAACGAAGGACAUUGCGAUUAUAAAACUAGCCAACAAGGUUACAUUCACUGACUACAUUCAGCCUGUGUGCCUCCCCAUCGAUGACAACUAUAAUUUCCGUGAAAUGCAUUACCAUAUGUGUAAACGGGUAGAGGACACGGAUAACAAUCGGAAGUUCGAUGUUCGACUGCUAUCAUCUAUACCGUUGGCGCCUCAAGAUUGUGAGAUACUCUUUCAUAGAAAAGGAGCUGAAUUUGGCGCCUCAGAAUUUUGUGCUUGGGAUGAGUUUGGCGAUACUUGCAUGAGCGACGUUGGGGGACCAUUGAUGGCCUUUUUCAAUGGAAAAUAUAUCGUGAUUGGUCUUAAUUCAUAUAUUUUCACAUCUGAAGAAUUCGAAUCUGGGGAUUAUCCAGGGGUUUACGUGAAAGUUGGAUCAUUUUUGACUUGGAUCAAUACGAUUCUUUCUUUGUAAGCGUGUUAAAUUUCAUGGGGUAUUGAGAGCACACAUUAAUUUUUAUCUAUUUUGUACAAUUAUAAAUAGAAGAUAGCAUUUUUAAGUAUACUCAGAGUUCGCUAUUCAAUAGUAGUACUGUUUAUUUUACAGAAAGGUUUACAUUCUAAAAUGUCAAUAAAUUGCGAUAAUGGCUACGAAAUUAUACAAAA